GCUGUUGCGUGCCGUGUGGGCCACCGCAGCCGCAUCGCGCUUUGUGGACGGUGGCACCCUCUCCGCCCCCCACGAGCGUCUCUCGAAAGACCUCGGCGCCGUUGCGACGCGGCGGUGUGCUGAAUGGCACGGCAGCGAAGCCCUCCGCGUACGCCGCAGCCGCGGCAGCCGUGGCCGGCGGGGAGGACGUGGCGCGGAUCGCCGUGGUGUCUUCGGGCUUCCCUCCUCAUCCCCAUCGGCUGGCGGACCUUCCCUCCCUCCCUGCCACUGCCCGGCAGCCACCGCCGCGUGCAGCAAGCGCAGGCUAACAGCGACGGCCCGUUCGCAUUUGUGCUGCUGAGCCGUGGUGACGCAGCGGUGCCGGCUGCUGCUGCGAGACCACCCUUUAUCGUUGCCGGAUGAGGCGUCGCGCGCAGCCGGCACCUGCACCGGCAGCCACCGUGAACGCGUCUCCUCGUGUGUUGGUGUGCUGCUGCUGAACGGCUGCUGCGCGCGUUGUGCAGCGCGACGUGCUGACGGUGCGGGCGACCGUUGGCGGUUGUUCUGCACCGUGGUGUGCGGCCACGGCCCGCCGCGUGUGAGCGGUGACGAGGGCAUGACCGCCUCCGAGGUGUCCGCGCCGUGCUCGACGACGGUGCAGAGGUGUGAGCGCUCGCGGCGUGUGGUGCUGCUCUCGUCGCUUCGUAUUGCUGGCUGACACGUCUGCGCGUGCAAACGGAGCUGUGCGUGUGCGUGGAUGUGCGCCCCCCAAUGCACGCUCGCCGUUGGCCUCUGUUUGCGUGUGCUGUGUGGGCUUUCUCUUCGGUGCCCUUACCGCCUCCUCUCUGCCGUGAGCAUCUGCUUUCCGUGUGCUCUCUCACACGGCUGGUGGCGCGGCGCGAGUUCACGGAAACGGUGCGCGCGCGCUGCCCGCUUUUUGUCUCCGCCUCGCCGCAGCACCCAGCAGACGGUGUGUGUCUCUGCGUCUCUCUUGGAGCUGAAAGGCGUGUGUGUUGCCCGCCCCCGCACGUACACACGCAGGUGUCUUUCCUCUCCUCUCCUCUCCCCCUUCGGUGUGCUGCACCACCGUGCUCUUUGGCCUCCGUCGCGGUAGCGCUGCUUCUUGCGCCAUCAGCCCUUUUCGUGCGUAACGUGUGGAGCUCCUCGCACCGCGUUCCCUCUUGCUUCUCCGCUUUUGUUUAUGUGGCGGGUGCGCGUCCUCCCCGUGCAGACGCCGCCCGCCCGCCGUUGCACUGGUCCAUGUGCGGCGUCACAGCAAGUCCUGUGCUCCCAACGUGCUCACAGCCGACGGUUGUGUCCGGGCUGUUCUAG